AUGGCUCCCGCUCUCAACCACCCAACGAACGUCGCAUUCGUCGACGAGCAUGACCUUCGACCCGUCAACGUCGAUGCAGCCACGUACUACGGCGGCGGCGAGUCAUUCACUCGUUCAAGGACAUAUAGUCAUUCUCAUAUUCAUGGAUACAACCCCAAGCGUCCUCCACUAUUUGAAGAAGACUCUCAUUUGAGACCAAGGAGGAUGUCCCAUGAUGAGAAGAGCGUCACUGGCCCAAGGCGCUUUUUAAUCGACGUGGAGGAGACCAUUCGUGUUGUCCUUGAGCAGGAAGACACUGAUGGGGACUUCCAGAUCAGUAUUACUGAUGCUGGCCCAAAGAUGAUGGCUCUUGGGACAGCGACCAGCAACGGCUUCAAGACAUUCGAUAUUCGAGGGACAUAUAUGCUAUCCAAUCUUCUUCAAGAGCUCGCCCUAGCUCGAGACCACAACCGGAAGCGCAUCGUUCUUGAUGAAGCCCGCCUGACUGAGAAUCCUGUGGACCGCCUCUCCAGGAUGAUUAAGAACUCCUUUUGGCACUCGCUGACUCGACGCAUCGAUGGAGACGGGUUGGAAAUUAUCACCGCGGAUCCAAAGAAUCGUACAGGUCGUGUCCAGCCCCGUAUCUAUGUUCCUUAUGGUGAGCCGGCCAUGGCCGAGUAUUACAGGAAGGUAGCCAGGGACAAGCCACAUAUGAACCUGGAUGUCCAGGUUCUCCCAGAGAAGAAUGACGAUCCCCACUUUGUCAGGAGUCUGAACUCGAAGCCCGGUCUUCUGGCAUUAGCCAUGAACGAGGUCGAUGACGGUAAAGGUGGCCGCACAUUGAAAGGCAUACCCUUCAUUGUUCCUGGUGCUCGGUUCAAUGAGCUCUAUAACUGGGACUCCUACUUCAUCAGUUUGGGACUUUUGGUUGAUGGCCAGGUGGCAAUGGCUAAAGGCAUGGUUGAGCAUUUCAUAUUUGAGAUCAAACAUUACGGCAAGAUCUUGAACGGAAGCAGGAGCUACUACCUGUGUAGGACACAACCUCCGUUCUUAACGGAUAUGGCACUGCAGAUCUACAAUCAGUUAGACAGAUCUGAUAUGGAGUCCAACCGACAAUGGCUCAAGCGCGCCAUACAAGCUGCCAUCAAGGAGUAUCACACUAUUUGGGUCGCAGAACCCCGCAUAGAUCCCAAGACAGGGUUGUCUCGUUAUCGUCCUGAUGGUAUUGGCAUUCCACCGGAAACUGAAGCCACGCACUUCACGCACAUUCUCGAGCCAUAUGCUAACAAGCACGGUCUUUCCGUGCUUGAGUUUAGUGAAAAGUAUAAUAACGGCGUUCUCAAGGAGCCCAAGCUUGACGAGUACUUCUUGCACGAUCGUUCUGUACGAGAAUCCGGCCAUGAUACGACCUAUCGGUUCGAGAAACGCUGCGCGAACCUUGGGACGAUUGAUUUGCAGGCACUGCUAUACAAGUAUGAAGUCGACAUAGGGACUGCUAUCCGUGAGGUUUUCGACGACGAAUUAUAUCUGGAGGAAGACUUCCCGCUUUCUCCUUUCCCCCCAUCCGUUGAGACUUACGCUAACUCCCAUCGAGAGCGUUCGACCGGCAGAGCCCAGACAAGCGAUGAGUGGUUCGAGAGAGCUGAACACCGUAAGGCAAUGAUCGAUAAAUACUUGUGGAAUGAAAGCAAGAGCCUCUACUUUGACUAUGACACCGUUCAAGAGAAGCAGAGUCUUUAUGAGAGCGUGACUGCUUUCUGGGCGCUGUGGGCUGGGUGUGCCAGUGAAGAGCAAGGCUGGAGACUUGUCUCUCAAUCUUUGAAGAAGUUUGAAGUCCUCGGUGGAUUAGUGUCAGGUACCGAAGAGUCUCGUGGAAAAAUAUCCUUAGACCGCCCAAAUCGGCAAUGGGAUUAUCCGUAUGCAUGGCCUCCUCAUCAGAUCAUGACAUGGGUCGGUCUGGAACGAUACGGCUACUUAGAAGAGGCACAAAGGUUGUCCUAUAGGUUUUUGUACAUGAUGACUACUGCCUUCGUAGAUUUCAAUGGUGUGGUCCCAGAGAAGUUUGAUGCGGUCAAGCUUUCCCAUCUGGUAGAUGCGGAAUAUGGUAAUCAAGGUAUCGACUUCAAAAUGGUCCCCCGAGAGGGCUUUGGUUGGAUGAACUCUGCAUACCAAGUGGGCUUGUCGUUCUUGACGACGCAUAUGCGCCGUGCAGUCUCAGCAUGUACUAGUCCUGAGGUCUUCUUUGGUCGUGCUGCAACCGCAGAGAUCGCUGCUGCACAAGCAACGGCUGCCGCGACUGACCCUCUAGGCUUGGCUAUGGAAGCGCUUUCCCUUUCUUCCAAUUGACCGUUAUGUAUAAAUACCGGGUUUUGUGGCCUACAGUAAUUUUUUCUCUAAUGCUUCUAUGGGUAUACUGAGUAGCCUUUUGACUGUUUGAGCGGAUGGAUCCGUGUUUUAGAUCACAGCACACUUUAGAACUAUUUUCUUGUCCUCUGCAUUUUCAUGUAUCUCACCAACAUCUUACUUUCGGUUUGUAGAUGAGUCAUAUCAUAUAUUCCACAAUCUAUUCUCGUAGUGUGGACCCUAUUCU